CGGCAUAAGUUUCCCAGACAUUGCAGCUGGUUGUGUGUUGACUGAUAAGUGACCGUCCAAGAAUAUUAGAGUCCCUGCUACAACCUGCGUCCUGCUGUUGUACUACCUUUAUUUAAGUGAAAAUUAAAAAUUGGCCUUGAAGUUUUGAAAUAAAAUAUGCCGCCCAAAUUAAUAGGCAGGACCACGAACAUCGCCGGCAAGACGCUGUGGGAGAUUUGUGGUAAUCUGAAGAACGGCGGGAUCGGUCGUUUAAUAACGAGAAACAGCCUAGAUCGGUAUGAUGAACCCAGUUUCAUCAGAGUGCUCGACGUCCAACCCACCGCUCAAAUUGGAGAUUCUCUUAGAAAAAUGAUUGUUCAUGCUGAAAGAAUAUUCCGUGGAAAACGUUACACAGAACCUAUAGAAAUAUAUAGUGUCUCAUACAAACCAGAUUAUCGCCUGAUACCUAAAGAUGAAGAACAGUUAUGGUGGGAUCGAUUGGCUAACUGUAAACCACGAGUAAAACUCGUUCCAGGAUUAUUUGAAAUGCCACCACUUAUGAAGUUGGCACUACAACGAGAUGACAAAAACAUUAAUACUACUCUAUCAUUAGAGGUCCGAUCGGGACGUGACAAUGUCGCUCAAGCAGAUUAUACAAAAUAUGCAACUUAUCAACCAAAUUAUUUCAAAAAUCAAACAGAUAGUUAAUAUUAGCAUUGUAAUUAUUUGUUGUAAAAUUUUUUAUUGAAUAUUAGAUAUUUAUCUUUACAAUCA